CGCCGCGGAGGGGCGGCGCUGCUCCCCGCACGCCCCCGCCCGGCGCCCCCACUCCGUCUCCGGGAAGGGCGCGGGGAGCCCCACGCUCCCCCUGAGCGCGGCGGCGGAGUUCGAGCCGGCGGCGGCGGCCGGGGUGCGAUGCCGUGUUAGCCGGCGGCCCGCCCCGAGGUAGCGCCGGCGGGAAGGAGCGCGAGUUGCCGGGCUGUGGCUGACACCAUGGGCACCGGGCGGGGGGGCGAGGCGGCCGGGCUCCCUGCGCUCCUCGGCUGAGCCUGGGGAUGUGGCCGCGCCCGGAGGAAUUAUUUUGGAACUAGCACGGAGCGGUGGGAGAAGGACGAGCGGCACAGCGUUUCACAGCUGCGAGGAGGUCGUCCGGCGGUGCUGUAUCGGCAAACAAAUAUCACUUGCUGUGUCAUAGCACAUGGAUUUCAGGACCACCUGUGAAGAGACAAAGACAGGGGUUUGUUUGCUGCAGGAUGGUAACCAGGAGCCUUUCAAAGUGCGACUGCACUUAGCCAAAGAUAUUUUGAUGAUCCAGGAGCAGGAUGUGAUCUGUGUGUCUGGUGAGCCUUUCUAUUCUGGUGAAAGAACAGUAACAAUUAGAAGACAGACUGUAGGAGGAUUUGGAUUAAGUAUAAAGGGUGGAGCAGAACAUAAUAUUCCAGUGGUCAUUUCUAAGAUUUCCAAAGAACAAAGAGCGGAACUUUCAGGUUUGCUCUUUAUAGGAGAUGCAAUUCUACAGAUUAAUGGAAUUAAUGUGAGAAAAUGCAGGCAUGAAGAAGUGGUACAGGUUCUUCGCAAUGCAGGGGAAGAAGUGACCCUAACUGUGUCCUUUCUGAAAAGAGCACCUGCUUUUCUCAAACUGCCACUGAAUGAAGAUUGUGCAUGUGCCCCCAGUGACCAAAGCAGUGGCACAUCCUCUCCCCUUUGUGACAGUGGUUUGCAUCUCAACUACCACCCCAACAACACGGAUACGUUAUCAUGUUCCUCAUGGCCAGCAUCCCCAGGACUUAGAUGGGAGAAGAGGUGGUGUGAUCUUCGAUUGAUUCCACUUCUUCAUUCACGAUUUUCCCAGUACCUUCCAGGAUCAGAUUUGUGCAGGCAAAAUGCAUUCCAAGUAAUUGCUGUGGAUGGGGUUUGCAGUGGAAUAAUUCAGUGUCUCUCUGCUGAAGACUGUAUUGACUGGCUACAAGCAAUAGCAAGUAACAUUUCCAACCUCACAAAGCACAAUAUUAAAAAAAUCAACAGGAAUUUUCCCGUAAACCAGCAGAUAGUCUACAUGGGCUGGACUGAAGAACGGGAACAAGACUCCCUUCAGGACCGAAUGUACACACCAAAGUUUCUAGCACUGAGGGGAUCUUCCCUUUAUAAAUUUAUAGCACCUCCAGUCACAACCUGGGAUUGGACACGAGCUGAGAAAACAUUUUCAGUUUAUGAGAUAAUGUGCAAAAUUCUCAAGGACAGUGAUCUACUGGACCGUCGGAAACAUUGCUUCAGUGUCCAGUCUGAAUCUGGAGAAGAUCUUUACUUUUCUGUGGAACUAGAGUCUGACCUAACACUAUGGGAAAAAGCCUUCCAAACAGCAACUUUUUUAGAAGUUGAACGGAUACAGUGCAAGACGUAUGCCUGUGUUUUAGAGAGUCAUCUUAUGGGACUUACCAUCGACUUCAGCACGGGCUUUGUUUGUUUUGAUGCUGCCACAAAGGCUGUGCUUUGGAGGUACAAGUUUUCCCAGCUCAAAGGUUCUUCAGAUGAUGGGAAGAGCAAAAUCAAAUUUUUGUUCCAAAACCAAGAUACUAAACAAAUUGAAGCAAAGGAGCUGGAGUUUUCUAACCUAUUUGCAGUCCUUCACUGUAUCCACUCAUUCUUUGCAGCCAAAGUGGCUUGUUUGGACCCUUUGUAUGUAGGCAGCCAAGCCACAGCUUCUGCUGCUCCCACAACUUCUGGUACUGGCAAAUUAAAGUAUUCUACUUGAUAUUCACCUUGACAGCACUGCCACUUAACAACGAGAUAUAAAAAUGUAUAAAUAUUCAUAAGAUUUAGACCUUUGGUGAACCAUGUAUGUGGAAACCAAUCCUGGAGGCAAGACAUCUUGCAGCAUCAGCAGAUAAAUGGUCACGUGGGAUCAUAAUUUCAUCUUGGUUCUGCAAGACAUCAGUAAAUAAACCUAGUCAAAACCCCAGAAUAGGAUGGAUAUGCUUUUAGUAUUAUCUAUUUGUACUUACAUAGUGCUUUAAGCAACAGUGGAAGCAAAGGAAGAAAUGGCGAAAUGAAGCACUUGAGUAUUUAAUAAAAUUUUCAAAUUGCUGUAAUAAUACACAAAUAGAAUUGUCAUUUUCCUCCUUUCAGAUGUUUUUAAAUGACAAUAUGCUAAACUCUGAGUAUGAACAUAAUGCCCUAUCAUUAUAUUAUAAAUGAGAGCAAGCAUACAGUACAUGGUGACAAAGGAGAUAAGCGUGAAAAGACAUUUGUGUAAGUACCUCCUCAAAUAAGAAAGCACUUUAAGCACUGUUGUAAACCCAUACUUGUUUUCAUACAUGGAAUCAUGCUGCUUUUUCCAUUUUGUUCUCUUCAUCUAACAGGAGCAGCAGCAAACAUAUAGCCAUACUGAUCUGAUACAUUAAAAACAAAACAAAACAAGCCACAAAAAGAAAAAAAAUACUUUUUCAUGGAUAAGUUCCUCUUCUUCAAGUAAAAAUAAUGGCAUAUGAAUUUAAUUUUAAUUAUAAAUUAAGUGCAAGUACAAAAAAUAGUGUGUCAUCUAUUUAUUUCCUCUUUUUUUUUUUUUGUUAAGAAUUAAAUACUGUAAAUCUAACAGUCUUUGUUCACAAGAGUUUGAAGUUGUUUCAGACAACUCACUUAAUACAUUGUUUCCAUGGCUAACCUUGAUUUCACAUCAUUGGUGAACUUAUGUUUCAUUUAAAUUCUCAACAAAUAGAUAUUUUUCAUUAUGCUUUAAAAAUUAUUUUACCCUUUGAAUUCUUAAUAAGUUAUUUUAUAUAUAUAUUGAUAGUAAGAUGGAAAUAAAUUGAAUAAGCUAUAAAGAAAGCGUUACAGAAUGCAUAAUUUCUUUGUUUUUUGAGACCUUUACAUCACUCUGGAUCAAGUACUAGUUUCAGAGUAUCAUUUAAUGAUUAAAUAUAAAGGACUUUAAGUUUAAAAUUAAUAACUUUGUUUAAUUGCAAUUUUAUAAUAUAAUUUAAUUUUGCGCUAUGACACAAACAAGUGAGGAUGAUGGAAAAAAGGUAUACAUUUUCAGGCGUAGUUUUUGGGGCUUCUAUUUAUUGUAUUGAAAUCAAAACUACUUUUUUCCCCCCUUCCACUUAAACUUGUUAGUGGCACUUACGAGAUAGGACCACCGUCUUCCUUGUUUAGCAGAAAGAGUAAUUCUAUCACAUCCCUUUAUAUGGGUUAAGAUGAUCAAUACUUCAAAAUUGAAGCCAGAGGAGAGCUUAUCCAAAUGGGAACAAUCCAAAAUGCAAGGUAAGGACAAAAGAUGAAUGAAAUUAAGGAGCAAAUCAUGUCUCUGUUUUUUUGCUUUGCAUUAGAAAUAUUUAGAUUGACAUGUGUGAGAGUAACAUUGUUUUGUAGCAUAGCUGAUCUAAUUUGAUACUAGUUCCAAAUAAUCUGAAAAUAUUUAGGGGAGGGGAACUCUUUUACCACUUUCAAAGGUCUUCUGGUACACACGUACUUCAUAUUAGUACACCUCCAAGGGCUACACAUUUAUUUUCUAUCCUAAAUUCGGUGGAAUGAUGUAACAAUCCAGCUAUUAAAUGCUACUCUAAGUUGCAUUCAAAAUUCAAUGUUUUCAUAGACACCAUCAUGAACUUUUCAAUAAGAAUUGUCCCUAAAUAUGGGGGUCACAUCUGAAGGACAGAUAAAACUAAGAUAAAACUGCCAUGGCUGUCCAUAGGAUCUUGAGCUUGGACACAAACCCCAGAUAUUUUGAAUCUAAAGCUAUAGCAGUUUAAGAGGUUUAACAAUGGUAACUUAGGUGCUGCCCUGGCCUAGAAAGCAUGUAAGAAAAACAAAAAUUUUGGCAGAGCAUUAACAGUGCUGAAAAGAGAAGCCUAAUAUCUUUUAAUGACAGUUCUCAGUGCUCCCAAAUAAUCUCCUCCACUUCAGCGCAUUACUGUGGCACUGUCACAACAGUGUGGCCAUGUGCUCCCACCUCUGCUGGCAAUAGCAGAAUCUGAAACUGGUCAGCUGCUGGGUGAAUAUUUUCCCUUCAACUGUUCGUGUGAUGUGCAGUUGCAUCACUGAAUCUGAGGGGUGUUUAGGAGACGUGCUUGAAUGAGAGUAACAUUUACCCAAGCCAGCACAAAAUAUGCCAUUGCAAAUUUCUGUAGAUGAAGGAAUUCCAUUAUAUGAAAGCCCCCCUGAAGAUCUCUGUCAGGAAUUGUCUUUGUAGAACACCUGGAUUCAUCACUGAGAGUUUUGCAACUGGGCAUUAAAUACAGAAUAUUUAAGAAACACAUUAGCCUGUAAAUUUUUUUGUUAUUGUUGUUUUUCUAGGGAGGUAAACUGUUGGGGCUUCAUCAGUACUUUUAUUUUCAAGAAGAAUAGUGUUAUUGAAAGAAUAUAAGAUGUCAUAGCUUUGACUGCAGGUCAGUGUUGAUUUGUAAAUGCAGCAGGCAUUUGUGCAGUGACCUGACAAAAUAUUCAGAGGUGACUCUGCAUCCAACCUUGCCCUUGCAGAGCAACUUGGUCAGAAAUUCGGUAUUGAACCAAAGAGGCAAAAUUUUAAAUUCUGUGUUAUACUAAUCCUGAAAUAUCAAAAUAAAAUUUACAAACAUAUUAAAUGGCUACAUUUUGCAUUUAAAUGCCUACAUUUAAAGCAUAGUGAACUCCAUAUGCAUAUGUCAAAAGUCGGGCUUUGUGUUUCAGCCUGUCAUUUCACACAUAGAGUAUAAUGAAUACAAGUGUUUUUUUAAGUCAACACAGCCCAUUGACAAUGAAAAGACAGAAUUAUAAUGAGCCAUCAGCUUUUGCUAAAAAUCUGUAUGCAAGUGAUAGCAAAUAUUUUACCAAGAAGCAGUAAACAAACCAAUCCAUAGCAUAAUACGUAAUUUCUUCUCUUUAUGUCAUGAUAUUUUCAAGUAAGUUUAAUUAAAAAAAUUCUUUAUAGUACUGUGCCUAUUGAUGUUAUAUAGUAUACCAAAAAUACGUACUCUUAAGUAUAACUAGAUGUAUUUGGCUUGAUUUGGUUUGCUUUAUGAUGGCAGUUUUAGAUUAUCUGGUCUUCACAGAACUAAUCAUAUGCUAGGUUAUAGUGUUAGCAUAAUUUUAUUAUGGAAGUGUUACAAAUUUGAAUACAUUUAUUCUUGAUUCCAUUAGUAAAUGAAUAUGCUUCAUUUUCUACAUCUUUUAAAAAUAACAGUUACAGAUUUUCAAAAGAGCUUUGCAUUCCAGUAGCGCAAUGGCAUCUUUGAAAUAAAAAUCAGCAUAUAUUUAGCUGUUGACCAUUUUAUCAUGUUAAUUAAGUGCAUCAAGAAUUUUGUGGAGAAGAGCUAGUAGUAAGAGGGCUAUUUUUUUAAACCAGUCAUUUAAAGUUUUAUCUAUUCAAACUAGAAUUAUUAAGAAUGCAAACCAAUAAUAUACAGUAUCAAUAUGCUUUGAGAAAAGAAUAAUGGAAAAUCUUGUUUUCUAAAUUAGUUCUUGAUUCCACAAAAUGAUAUAUAUUUAUUUAUUUUAAAUGCAGAGACUUAUCAGAACACCUCAAAGUGCAUGAUUAAACCUGUAGUUGUCAACACUGCAGCCUGUUGCAGAAAGCAAUUACAAGAAAGCUUUUGGAAAUUUUAUUAAUAUUGAAAACACUAAGCCCUACAUUUCACUUUCUAUUUCUUUAUGUGGUAUUUUGGUCUCUGAAAAAGUCUAGUGUCUGAAAAAAAGUUAAAGCUGAUUUUAAAAAGUUCUGUCUCAGGCAGUUAUGAGUCUGAGCUUAAAGCUCACACCUCUGACUGGUUCAGUAUGAUGGGAAACAUGAAAGACUCACUUAAGGUCCCAAAAUUUAAGUACCUGUCUUAGAUGCCUGAGGUUGUACCUCAGGCACUUCAAAAGGGAAACACAGGGUGGGAAUAUAGCUUAAGAUCUCUGAAGGUGCACGUGUAUGUGUCUCUCUUUCUCUCUGUUUCUCUAAGGAACUAGAGGUGCUUCUAUUUUAGUGUUUUCAUUUUAUCAGGAAUGUGCUUUUUAAGCCAGGCUCCUGCCUACAGCCACUCAUGCAAUUUUUCUUAUCACAGAACAGUAAUCAAGCACAUGAGCUGUUUCUUUCAAGAUGACACUAAGCAAGCGUCCUAGUUCCAGGUCCUGGUGGGCUUUCAGACCAUGCCGCCCAGCUGAAAUGAGUCCAGAGUAAAAAACCCUCUGAGAUGCUACCAGCAAGACUGCCAGGUCCUGGUGCCAGCUUUUUCUGGGGCUGUGGCAGCUCCUGCUCAUGCACCGUGGGGAAAAAACUAGAAAAGCUAAACAAGCUAAAAAAGCUGAGCUUCACAGUGUAGUCCCCUGGAGCUCAGUGCCUGGAAGGGGAUGCUGUGCUGCAGCAAGGGGCAGAAUGAAGUUGAAAAGGGCUGAUGCUGCCCAGGCAGGUUAUUCUGCAUCAAUUUUUCCCUCACCACACCAGGGGAGUAUUGGCUGCGAGCAGGCUGCCCCAUGCUGGUCAGCCCUCUGCCCCUGCUGCAUCUUUCUCCCCAUCUGCCACAAACACGCCCCUGAAUAUUGGCUCUGGGGUCCCCAAGCACACUUCCGUGUUCCCUCACUCCCGUUGCUCAGACAGAUGCCAAACUGUUUUUAGCUACGUAAUGGAGCUUCUAAACCUUGUACAGGGCCAGGGGACAGAGUUAAGGUUUAUGGCAAGAGCAUAAGAGUGCUUGAGUGUGUGAUUAACUUUCAGGUUAUGGCAAAUAAAGUCUUAUCUGUGCUAAAGUGCUUUCCUGACUUGGAGGGAUGUUAAGUGGAAUUAUUUUAUUUUCCUGGAAUAAGUUCUAUAAUGUCAACACAUUUCUACUUGCUUGGCUCCAUUUUCAGGAAGUUUAGCAGAGACAGUGGUUCAUAUCGUCUUGAAACCAUAAAGAAAAAAAAUAUUGGAACGCUGGAAUAAUAAUAAAAAAAACAACUCCUGUUCAGAUUCUGUAUAUUAUUACAGUACAUUGUAUCUAUUGAAACAUAUUGAACAAUGUAAAAACAAAUGCUUUUAUUUACAUUUCCUUGUCAGAUUUCGCCAUGGUAUACAUGCCUUCCACUUUCAACAACUUUCUCCACUGAAAUCCCAGCUAUCUGUUACAGAAAUCUUUUGCUAUUCAGUAUAUACUAAUAUAUAAUGCUGUGUGUUUGUAUGUGUGGGUGUGCGUGUGUGUGUGUAUGUAUGGGGGUGUGUGUCUAUAUAUUAGUAUAUACUAAUGGAAUAUAUUCAGUAUAUAUUAAUGAAAGUUACAUAUUAGGCACAACUGUAAAACAGAAGCAUACAUCCAUGAAGCUUUAUAUUUAAAAACUUACAAUACUAUAAAGAAACAUAUGUAUAUUAGUUGAAGAAAUGGCUAUUUUUGCAGGGUAUGCACAAUCUGGAUAUAUGAUAAUAAAUUGAUAAACAUUAACAGAUUUAUUAUUUCAUACCUCCAGGAACUUAAAGAUUUUUUUAAUUAUUCUUAUCCCUUUAGCAUAUUUGCAAUAUAUGUCAUAA